GUGCGUAGCGGAUAAAACCUUGGACGUUAGAAGACCUUAAAGUGGAUAUAACGACCCGAAAAAAUGGCGACUGCAAUUCGAUACCAGUCCCCCACCAUUCAACCUCUUUCUCUUCAACGAAUCAGAAGAGCGAGACAUCAUUUCCAUAUUAAAAGGACGGGACCAACGAGGAAAAGCAUGGUUAUUACUGCGAGGAACGCUGCUGAUGAUCUCCUAUCACAAGCAGCUAAGUUCACAGUGGAUAACUAUAUCAAAAGUGGCAUGGUGGUUGGAUUAGGAUCUGGUCCGGCUUCCUUCAUGGUUAUAAAGUAUCUGAGUCGACAACUUAAAGAAGGCCUACUGAAAGACAUUGUAGGAAUCCCAAUGUCUGUAUCUGCUGCAAGUGAGGCUGCAAAAGCCGGGAUUCCAUUGGAUAAUCACCUAGAUACACCCAAAACCGAUGUUGCAUUUAACGAUGCAGAUAUAGUAGAGGAGGAUACACUGGCUGCUAUAAUUGGUCGUCCCAAAUUUCAAGGGUCUGAGUCUGUAAUUCAAGCGAAGUCUAUUUUGAAGGCUACAAGUAGUCUUGUAUUCAUCAUUACACAAAUGCAGUACACAAGAGACAUUGAUGGUUCAAUUCCAGUUGUAAUCCGUUCUGAGAGAUGGAUGGAAACUGCAGAAGAAAUUGACGACCUAUUCUUAGGAGAUGCAGAGGUUUGGAGGAGAUCUGCUAUCGGGAAUGCAGGUCCAACAGGAGGUGAUUUUCCAAUAAUCACAACAGAAGGAUACAACAUUCUUGAUCUAAUAUUCACGUCUCCUAUUUCUAACCUAUCUCAAGUGGCACAAAGCCUUGAGGCAGUUGAUGGUGUUGUGGAACAUGGAGUGAUUUGUGGCAUUCCGUGCACAGCAGUUAUUGCUUCAGAGGAUGGGGUGCACACAGUGGAUAACCUAUCCGAGAGUGCACUGAGAGGAUCAUGAAUUUUCAUGGACUCUAAAUGCAAAUAAUAUCAAGGAUGACAUAACUUCUAAUAUAUAUCAUUUUCUAUCAAUACCUAACAUAACGAAUUUCAUCUUUCCUUUUAAGGUUUUUCUUAUAGAAAACAUGCGGCAUUAUUUCCUUGCA